AUGGUUAUCUAUCUAUCUAUCUAUCUAUCUAUCUAUCUAUCUAUCUAUCUAUCUAUCUAUCUAUGUCUUUUCUUUCUUUCUCUUUUUCUUUCUUUUUCUCUUUUUCUUUCAUUCUCUUUUUCUUUCUUUUUAUUUCUUUCUUUUUACUCUUUUUCUUUCUUUCUCUUAUUCUUUCUUUUUCUUUCUUUCUUUUUCUCUUUUUCUCUCUUUCUCUCUUUCUUUCUUUCUCUCUUUUUCUCUUUUUCUUUCUCUCUUUUUCUCUUUUUCUUUCUUUCUUUUUCUCUUUUUUCUCUCUUUCUCUUUCUUUCUCUUUUUCUUUCUUUCUUUCUCUUUCUUUCUUUCUUUCUCUCUUUUUCUUUCUCUCUUUUUCUCUUUUUUUUCUCUUUUUCUCUUUUUCUUUCUUUCUUUCUUUCUUUCUUUCUUUCUUUCUUUCUUGUUAAAAGACGCACAAAAAUCGAAAAACCUACAAUAAAACUUAUCUAUCUAAAUCUGUUCCCUUCCUUCCUUCCUUCCUUCCUUCCUAUCUAUCUAUCUAUCUAUCUAUCUAUCUAUCUAUCUAGUUUUUUUCCUAUCUAUCUAUCUAUCUAUCUAUCUAUCUAUCUAUCUAUCUAUCUAAUUCUUUCUUUUCCUAUCUAUCUAUCUAUCUAUCUAUCUAUCUAUCUAUCUAUCUAUCUAUCUAAGAGUAACUCUGUUUUUGUUUAUCUCUGUUACUCUCUCGCCCGCUCAGACUGUUUUUCUCUUUCUCUUUCACGCUCUAUCUCUCUUCCUGUUUCUAUUUAUCUACGAGAAAAUUUAUCUGUUCAUGUCAGUCUGUCGAUCUAUCUAUCUAUCUAUCUAUCUAUCUAUCUAUGA